UAAGCGCAUGGCAGCGCUUCGUAGGCUUGAACGCGGCUGCCAUUCUUCUCCGUUGUUCUCGAGGGCGCAAGUCGAAGAAAUAUCUGGUUCAAUCCUCCAUCGCUCCUCUUUUAGCAGCACAGUUUUGUCUUCUCUGGUAGGAGGAAAUGGAGAAGAAAAGAGAAGGGAGAAAGGAAAAUGGCUCACCUUGCCCCCGUUCGUGUCUCAGAAGGGUCCAUCUUCUGUCGGCAAGGAGCUCGCGGGAGGGAAGCUGGCAGGACAAGAAGAGAUAACCACCGCUUUGAAGUGGGUUCACCAGUGCUUCCCGCAUCUGCCGAUGUCUCUUGUACAGAAACUCUUUCGCUUGAGGCAGGUGCGUAAGGAAUUGGUUUCUUCAGGAGCUCAAUAUGAAGGGCAGCAACUUAAAAGGGUCUCAGCAAAAGAGACGUUGAGUUCAGGAGAGGUGAUACUUUUGCCUAUUUCAGUGGAAAAUUUCACAAAGGAAAACAAUGAGAAUCCCUACAAUCAAAAAGAGAUCAAGUUUAUGCGCAGCCUCAUCUUGUAUAAGGAUUCCGCCAUCAUUGUAAUCAACAAACCCCAUGGUUUACCAGUUCAGGGAGGUCUUGGCAUAAGAAACAGCAUCGAUGUAUUGGCUGCCACAUCCUUGAAAUUUGAUUCUCAAGAAUCACCCAAACUGGUGCACAGGCUCGAUAGAGACUGUAGUGGUCUUUUGAUUCUUGGAAGAACCCAAAUUAGCACUUCUAUCUUGCAUUCGAUCUUCCGUGAAAAGACUUCUAGAACUUUGAAGGAAAACAUCAAGGAUGUUCCUCGAUUGUUACAAAGGAAAUACUGGGCACUUGUUGUUGGUACCCCAAAACAUUCCUCAGGAUUGCUAUCUGCACCAGUAGGAAAGGUUAUUCUGGAAGAUGGAAAGUCAGAAAGAAUCACUGUGAUAAAGGAGAGGCCUGCAUCCUCGCAACAUGCUUUAACGGAGUAUAAAGUGAUAAAAACAUCCAACGGCUAUACUUGGCUGGAGCUAUGCCCUCUAACUGGUAGAAAACACCAGCUACGAGUCCACUGUGCUGAAGUUCUCAAAACGCCUAUAGUUGGUGAUUACAAGUAUGGCUGGCAUGCACACAAGAAAUGGGAGCUUAUUGUAGAAGCUAGAACUUCAAAGCUCCCCAAAGAAAAACAUCCUUUUGGUCUCGACUUCGAAAGUGGAAGCAUAUCUGAGAAGCAGCCUCGCUUGCAUCUUCACUGCCACCAGUUGAUCCUGCCAAACAUCGCCGAAGCAGGCCGGCAUCUGGAGCCAUCAUCGGCAACAAAGCUUAACCUGGCAGAACUUGAUAUGCUUGACUUGGUAGCUCCUCUACCUCCAUAUAUGGUUCAUGACAAAUCGAGUUAUACCAACUCACAAAGGUAAUCAACGGGCCAAUUCGAACUCGAUCCACGUAGGUGCCAAAUCGUUAGGCACAACAUCCACAAGUCACAACAGCUCUUCAUAGCAGCAUGAAAAGUCUAGCAAAGAUAUAACUAUGAGCUCUUCUGAGAACUGGCUCGAGCCCUACACACGAAUUCAAUGAAUUUGGUAACUUGCUUGCUCAUUGACUCAUCAUAUUGUGCAAAUAUCGAGUGUGACAUUACCAUUUAGUAUGCACCAUAAGAUAUGCCUUGGUGUCGAACAUUAUCAUCGAUUUUGU